AUGCCGGCGAAACGUCUGGGAAUGUACCAUGUUCACAGUCCUACUCUGGAAAUGAUGAUGCAUACAAUGGAUUCCGGACUAGAAUUGUUUACUGAUUUGAAGCCAUGCCAUUCGCUUCUCUACAAGAUUGUGCUUCAUGUUUUCGUCUCCAUGAUCGGUGGAUUUCAUCAUGACUUUCCAUUUCUAAGGAAAAUUUGGUUGGAGGGAAUUUGUGAAAAGGUCUCUCAUCGUGACCCGAAGGAGGCUUGCCGCGGAGUGAAGAAUGUUGGAUUUGGCGAAGAAGUCGCCGGCUCACCGUCCAGCGAGCCCGAUUAA